GAAGUGGGCCGGGCCGGGCCGGGCCAUACCCCUACCCGAGCCCGGCCCGAAAUUAUUUUUCGGGCUUCGGGCCGGGCCGAGGCCCGAACAGUUUUACAAAAACUCAGCCCGAGCCCGGCCCGAGCCCGGCUCGAGCCCGGCCCGAGCCCGAUUGGGCCAGCCUGAUCACGAGCCCGGCCAGAGAUGUUCGCGUCCGGAGCAAGCUCCCGAAGCCACAAAUCUCUGUGCACCAACAUGAAGGCGUGGAUGCGAUCUGAUCAUUCCCAUGUAGGCCGGACUGCGCCCUCACCUCUCGGCAGAGGAGCCGAGCUCCAGCUCAUGCUCGGUGUCAUCGGCGCCGGCGCGCCUCUCGUCUUGUUCCCCAUCUUAUCUACUUCCAGCAACUCAAAUGGUAAAGAGGGGCAAUCCCUGACUCCCAUUCACAUAAAAAAAAAAGAAAAAAAACUUUAUUUCUUAUUCUUCUUCUCUCUCUUUUUCUUGUUUUCCCCCCCGAAUAAAUGGCAGGAAGCAUCAAUGGCAGAAUACAUAAUACAACAAUACAUCGCGACGUCAGGCGGCGAGCAAGCAUUAAACUCGGUGAGUAGUAUGUACACCAUGGGGAAGGUAAGGAUGACGGCGACGGAAUUCCGAGCAGGCAAUGGCAAUAACGCCAGCCAUGCCAACAAGAAGGCGAGCAAGGGUGGUGGUGGAGGGGAGAUGGGAGGGUUCGUGCUAUGGCAGAAGAAGCCGGACUUGUGGUGUCUUGAACUGGUGGUGGCCGGUUGCAAGAUCAGCGCUGGGAGUGACAGCAAGGUGGCAUGGAGGCAGACAGCAUGGCUUCGCCUCUGUGCCUCUGCAAAUCCCUCGGGCAAGUUGGCAACUGGGUUUAGCCGCGAUUCGGCAGACUGCAGACACAACUGGGUUUAGCCACGAUACGGGCUGGAAGUGGGCUCGGGCUUGGACGGGCCCGAGCUGGGCCAAUGAAAUACCCGAGCCCGGCCCGAAA